AUGUCGUUCAAACACAAUGACUACACAGUAGCGUGGAUCUGCGCGUUACCCCUCGAGAUGAAAGCGGCCAAGUUGAUGCUGGACAAGAACCACCCUGGACUUUCCCAGUCUAGCCAUGACCAUAAUGCGUACACACUUGGGAGCGUGAGUGGCCACAAUGUGGUUAUAGCCUGUCUACCGUCAGGCGUGUACGGGACAACAUCAGCAGCAGUUGUACUCGCCCAGAUGCUUCCGACAUUUCCAGCCAUUCGAUUUGGACUGAUGGUAGGCAUCGGCGGCGGUGUACCGAGCAAAAACGUCGAUAUUCGCUUAGGUGACGUCGUGGUUAGCAUGCCAACUGCGGUCUCUGGAGGCGUCAUUCAAUAUGACUACGGGAAGACAAUUCGUAAUGGUUGUUUCGAGCGUACCGGGUCGCUCAACAAGCCACCGCAAUAUUUGCUCACUGCGGUCUCUCAGGUCCGCAGUCGACUCUGCGUUGAAAACAUAGCGCUUGAAAAAACCUCCUCGGAGAUACUUCGGAAUCACGAAACGCUUCAAAGGCAGUUUUCACGCCCUGAAAAAGACUGGCUAUUUGAGGCGAUUUAUGACCAUGAGAGAAAUUUUGCCGACUGCUCGAAGUGUGAUCCUACCAAUCUAGUCAAGCGGACAACACGAGAAACUAAUGAGCCUAUGGUUCACUAUGGUCUGAUUGCGUGUGGGAACCGGGUUAUGAAAAGUGCUACAGCGCGGGACGCUAUUGCCCAGGAGCUGAAUAUUCUCUGCUUCGAAAUGGAAGCAGCCGGCCUCAUGGAUCAAUUGCCAUUUCUCGUUAUUAGAGGAGUGUGCGACUAUUGCGAUUCCCACAAAAAUGAUGAUUGGCAGGGAUAUGCAGCUCUUACAGCCGCGUUGUACACCAAAGCUCUUCUAGGAGUAGUGCCUCUACACUGCUCUAGACAAGAGAAUCAGAAAACAGAAGCAGGUCACUGGAAGGUACCCUUUGCUCGGAACCCUCGGUUUGUCGGCCGUCAAAAGGAGAUCGAGUACCUUGACAAUUUGAUCAUUUCUGCAACAGGCCAGACUAAGGCCGCUAUUCAUGGACUAGGUGGAAUUGGGAAAACACAGAUAGCUUUGGAGCUUGCCUACCGUGUGCGAGAAAGGGUCCCUGAAUGCUCCAUUUUUUGGAUUCCAUGUACCAGCUCUGAGAGUGUCGAGCAAGCCUACCUCAGCAUUGCCUCGAUUCUGGAUAUACCAGGAAUAGAGCCAGCGAAGGCGAAAGAGCAAGUGAGGGCUCAUCUCAGUCAAGACAGCGCUGGAAAGUGGCUUCUCAUUUUUGACAACGCAGACGACAUUGAAAUGUGGACUAGAGGGAACGAUGCUGUGCCAGCACUCAAGACGUUUCUCCCUCGCAGCGAGAAUGGGCAUAUUCUCCUCACAUCUCGCAAUCGAAAGCUUGCCGUUAGAGUUGCUUCACCAAAUGUUCUGUCUGUUCCCGACAUGGAUGAAAGCACUGCCAUGCAAAUCUUUGAAAAAUCACAGAUCCAACAGGGUUUGCUGCAUAAUAAUCACACAACAAUGGCUCUUCUCGAGCAGCUUGGAUUCCUUCCACUUGCGAUUUGUCAAGCCGCGGCUUACAUCAAUGAAAAUGAAAUUACGCUAUCCGAUUAUCUCGCACUGCUAAAAGAACAAGACACGAGCGCAAUCGAGCUUUUGAGUGAGAAAUUUGAGGAUGAUGGACGUUACGACCAAACUCAAAACCCCGUCCUCAUCACCUGGCUGGUCUCUUUCCAACAGAUCCAACAACUUGAUAAACUGUCAGCCGAAUAUCUGUCAUUCAUGGCUUGCAUCAACCCACGAGAUAUACCCCAGUCAAUCCUUCCGCCUGCACCUUCAGCAAAGAGACAGGUGGAUGCACUAGGGCUCUUGAGUGCGUAUUCCUUCAUUAGUGAACACGCCGGCAAGAGCUCAUUCAGCCUUCAUCGACUUGUGCAUCUCGCCACGAGGAAUUGGAUGAGGGCAAACAAAAUUUUCGAUAUUUGGAUACGCAGAGCAACACAACAACUGGAUUAUGUAUUCCCUGACAAUAACUACAAGAAUAAAGGGUUAUGGAGAGAGUACCUUUCUCACGCACUCUAUUUGACAAACAGUCGAGAGUUCAAGGAUAUUCACAUUGAGCAUGUCGAAUUUACUUCGAGGGUAGGAGGAUCAUUAGAGCUUGAUGGGAGAUAUGAGGAAGCCAAGACUCUGCUUAUCGAAAACCUGGAAGUCCGCCAGAGAGCUCUGGGGCCGGAGCAUCCCAACACUCUGAGAAGUCUCAAUAAUCUUGGCUCAGUGCUUCACUACCAGGGAAAAUACAAGGAGGCUGAAGCUAUACAUCGUCGAGCACUAGAGGGCAAGGAGAAAGCUCUAGGGCUAGAACAUUCCGACACUCUGACAAGUCUCAAUAAUCUUGGGUCAGUGCUUCACGACCAGGGCAUAUACAAGGAGGCUGAAGCUAUACACCGUCGAGUACUAGAGGGCAGGGAGAAAGCUCUAGGGCUAGAACAUCCCGAUACUCUGAGAAGUCUCAAUCAUCUUGGUUUAGUGCUUCACGACCAGGGCAUAUACAAGGAGGCUGAAGCUAUACACCGUCGAGUACUAGAGGGCAGGGAGAAAGCUCUAGGGCUAGAACAUCCCGAUACUCUGAUAAGUCUCAAUAAUCUUGGGUCAGUGCUUCGCUACCAGGGCAAAUACAAGGAGGCUGAAGCUAUACACCGGCGAGAACUAAAGGGCUGUGAGAAAGCUCUAGGGCUAGAGCAUCCUGAUAGACUGACAAGUCUCAAUAAUCUUGGUUUAGUGCUUCGCGACCAGGGUAAAUAUAAGGAGGCUGAAGCUAUGCACCGGCGAGCACUAGAGGGCUAUAAGAAAGCUCUAGGGCCAGAGCAUCCCAAUAGUCUGAUAAGUCUCAAUAACCUUGGUUUAGUGCUUCACGACCAGGGUAAAUAUAAGGAGGCUGAAGCUAUACACCGGCGAGCACUAGAGGGCUAUAAGAAAGCUCUAGGGCCAGAGCAUCCUGACACCCGUUUGAGUAUCAGCAACCUUGCUGACUCACAGAAAUCACUGGCCGGCUUUCAAGACGUGUUGAGCCUAUCAUCUGAUGAAGAAGCGCCAUCCUUGGCUCUCGAGAAACAUAAAUUCAGAACUCCCACACAGAAGUUCCGUGAAUGUCACCCUCUUUUUCGAUCCCACUGGAAUGACCACACAGGGUCGCCACGUGACGAUCUGAGCGAGCUUGAUUAA